CAAGUCAGAACCCUACUAAGUAUUUUAAAAGAGGCAUUCCUAUUUGCAGUGGCUUCUAAAAACUAUGAACCGUUGCCUGCGAUUGGUGGAGAGUCUUCCCGUGUGAUAUUUUUUUGUGAGUGUGUCUCUCUGUGAGUAAAUGGCUCCUCCUGCCAGAGUGAGACGGAGCUGAGACAGAGGAGUACAGGGGGAGCAUUAAGAAAAACAUAAAUAACAUCCAAAAAAUAACGAUUCCGAGACGGGAUAAGCAUUUUUUUUACAUUAGGGGGAAAACGGAAUUUUAAAUUGGGUUGAACGUUAAGAAAAUUUAGGCAAAUUAUAGGGAAGGGUUCGAAUUUUUUAAAAAAUAAUAAACUCCCCAAAUGAACUCCGUCAGAGCAACCAACAGAAGACCCAGGCGAGUGUCGAGGCCGCGCCCGGUGCAGCCGGAAAGGAACAACGGAGAAAGAGAUGAGGAUGUUCCAGCAGAUAUGGUUGCAGAAGAAUCUGGUCCAGGAGCUCAGAACAGUCCCUACCAACUCCGCAGAAAGUCUCUGUUACCAAAGCGAACAGCUUGUCCUGCAAAGAGCAGCAUGGAGGGUGCUUCCACAUCUACUACGGAAAACUUUGGCCACCGUGCUAAACGUGCUAGAGUAUCAGGAAAGUCACAAGACCUACCAGCUGCCCCAGCUGAACAAUAUCUCCAAGAAAAGCUACCAGAUGAGGUGGUUCUGAAAAUCUUCUCAUACCUGCUAGAGCAGGAUCUGUGUCGAGCGGCCUGUGUGUGUAAACGCUUCAGUGAGCUAGCUAAUGAUCCAAUUUUGUGGAAAAGGCUAUACAUGGAAGUGUUUGAAUACACGCGUCCAAUGAUGCAUCCUGAAACUGGUAAAUUCUAUCAGAUUAACCCGGAGGAAUACGAGCAGCCAAAUCCCUGGAAAGAAAGCUUUCAGCAGUUGUAUAAAGGGGCACAUGUAAAACCUGGAUUUGCAGAACACUUUUACAGUAACCCUGCCAGAUACAAAGGGAGAGAAAAUAUGUUGUAUUAUGACACAAUUGAAGAUGCAUUGGGUGGAGUUCAGGAAGCACAUUUUGAUGGUCUGAUAUUUGUUCACUCUGGAAUCUACACUGAUGAAUGGAUCUACAUUGAAUCACCAAUCACAAUGAUCGGUGCAGCACCUGGGAAAGUAGCAGACAAAGUGAUAAUUGAGAACACUAGAGACUCCACGUUUGUCUUUAUGGAGGGGUCUGAGGAUGCCUAUGUGGGCUACAUGACUAUCCGGUUUAACCCGGAUGACAAAUCGGCCCAGCAUCACAAUGCACACCACUGCCUGGAGAUCACAGUCAACUGUAGCCCCAUUAUAGAUCACUGCAUCAUUCGCAGCACAUGCACAGUUGGUUCAGCAGUCUGCGUCAGCGGUCAGGGCGCUUGUCCUACCAUCAAACACUGUAACAUCAGUGAUUGUGAAAACGUGGGAUUGUACAUAACGGAUCAUGCACAGGGCAUAUACGAGGAUAAUGAGAUCUCCAAUAAUGCUUUAGCUGGAAUUUGGGUGAAAAACCAUGGGAAUCCCAUCAUCAGAAGGAAUCAUAUUCACCAUGGGAGAGAUGUUGGUGUUUUCACUUUUGAUCAUGGCAUGGGCUACUUUGAAAGCUGCAACAUCCACAGGAACAGGAUAGCGGGGUUCGAAGUCAAAGCCUACGCAAACCCUACAGUGGUCCGAUGUGAAAUCCACCACGGUCAGACUGGGGGUAUCUAUGUGCACGAGAAAGGAAGAGGCCAGUUCAUAGAGAACAAAAUCUAUGCAAACAACUUUGCGGGUGUAUGGAUAACUUCCAACAGUGACCCCACUAUUAGGGGCAAUGCCAUCUUUAAUGGCAAUCAAGGUGGAGUGUACAUAUUUGGUGAUGGAAGAGGCCUUAUUGAAGGAAAUGACAUUUAUGGCAAUGCACUGGCGGGUAUACAGAUCCGAACAAACAGCUGCCCUAUUGUCCGACACAAUAAAAUUCAUGAUGGGCAGCACGGAGGCAUUUAUGUGCACGAGAAAGGACAAGGUGUAAUUGAGGAAAACGAAGUAUACAGCAAUACGCUGGCAGGCGUGUGGGUUACAACAGGAAGCACACCAGUUUUACGUAGAAACCGAAUACACAGUGGGAAGCAGGUGGGGGUUUACUUUUAUGACAAUGGCCAUGGAGUGCUUGAAGACAAUGACAUCUACAACCACAUGUACUCUGGAGUCCAGAUCAGAACUGGAAGUAACCCGAAGAUCAGAAGGAAUAAAAUCUGGGGAGGGCAAAAUGGUGGAAUCCUUGUUUACAACUCUGGUUUAGGAUUUAUAGAAGACAAUGAGAUUUUUGAUAAUGCAAUGGCGGGUGUCUGGAUUAAAACGGACAGUAAUCCUACUCUGCGAAGAAACAAAAUUCAUGAUGGGAGAGAUGGAGGAAUCUGCAUAUUUAACGGCGGAAGAGGACUCCUAGAGGAGAAUGAUAUCUUCAGAAACGCCCAGGCAGGUGUCCUCAUUAGCACUAACAGCCAUCCUGUCUUGCGCAAGAACAGAAUAUUCGACGGCUUUGCAGCAGGUAUUGAAAUCACAAAUCAUGCCACAGCGACUCUAGAAGGCAAUCAAAUUUUCAACAACCGGUUUGGUGGCUUGUUUCUAGCAUCUGGUGUUAACGUUACAAUGAAAGAUAACAAAAUAAUGAACAAUCAAGAUGCCAUCGAAAAGGCUGUAAGCAGAGGUCAGUGCCUGUACAAGAUUUCAAGUUACACCAGCUAUCCAAUGCACGAUUUUUACAGGUGUCACACCUGUAACACAACAGACCGCAAUGCAAUUUGCGUGAACUGCAUCAAGAAGUGCCAUCAAGGGCAUGAUGUAGAGUUUAUAAGGCAUGAUAGGUUUUUCUGUGACUGUGGUGCUGGAACAUUGUCUAACCCUUGCACAUUAGCUGGAGAGCCUACACAUGAUACAGACACACUGUAUGACUCGGCUCCACCUAUAGAAUCAAAUACAUUGCAGCACAACUGAACUCAAUGAAAAUCGAGAGCUUCUGCCAUUCUCUAGUUAGUGACUCCAUGUGUAAAGUUAAAGUUUGUGGAGAAAAACUAAAAUGAAACACGGACAACACAGCUGCCCAGUUCCGAAGGAAGAUUGCAUUAAAAGAGUCCCAGUGUCUGGAUGUGAAGCUUUUUUGCAGCCUCAGUUUGUUCCUGCAAUGUGUUAAAAGGACUUUAAAGUGAAGAGAAGCAAUAUGUUGACUCAGGAUUAAUGAAAGUACUGGGCAGUCGAGCAUUACUGUGGAAAACGAGAGACUUCCUAUGCCUGAAGUGGAACGUUAAGCUGCAGUUUUGUACAGAUCCAACUUCCUAAGAGCUGGUGUUUUUACAAGUAGCAUCGAGCCAUAGUCCUCCCAGCAGCACUACUAUUCUCUUAAGGAGCAGAGCUAUACCCAUCUUGCUGCCGUUGAUGGAUAUAUGGGUACUGAGUGCAUCGGUAUAUAUGUAUGGUAAAAUGUGAUCUAGCACUUCUGCUUUGUUUGUUUUUUAAAUAUGUACUCUGAUUGAGAAAUAUGAUUUUAAUGCUUUCUCAUGUAGUUUUGUAUUUUCAAGCAAAAAUCUUACUGUACUUGAAUGUCUUUUUUUUGGUUAGCACACCUUAGACUUGCUGUAAUUGUACUCAUGUCCCAGUAUCUAAAGUUCUUUCUGUGAAAGAGGAAAAAAACAAAAAACACUAAAAUUACCUCCAGUAAUGUUGUUUUAAUGUAAAAAGUUUAAGUUUGGUUUAAGCAUUAGUGUUUUCAUGAGACUGGUUAUUGUAGAAGUGUAUUUAGACCUUGCUGACCUAUUUUCCUUCUGUAAUGUAUUUAUAUAGAAAGAAUUGACUUUUACUAUGGAACAUUUACCUUCAGCGUGUAAGAUGCUCCUGCCCAUUUGGUUUUAAUUGAACAUUACAGCAAGGUAAUGUUAGGUAACUUUAAAAAUGUUGAGGAAUGAAAAUGGAAACACUAUAACAGGUCUCAUGGAAACACUGCUCAAGCAGGCUCGGUUGUUCAUUAUCUUCUGAGCAAUGCGGUGCUUGUCUAAGUAUGUAACAUUACUGGAGAUUAUAAAUAGAUAAGCUUCUUGCUAUAUUGAAGCUGAGACAAGUAUAUAUACAGCCGUAUACAGUUUCAUAGCUUUUUCAUUCAUGUGUAUUGGUGACAGUGGGUUAUCAUACAGCCUGAAAGUGUAUGCAUGUACCAUAACAUCUAGACUUAAUAUAUUGUGGAGUAUUCAAUAACCAUUAUGUAGAUGCUAGUAUGAAUUAAAAGGGUUUAAUUUCCUAGAAAAAACAAGGAAACUGGUCAUUUUUAAAAAUAAACUUUAUUAGAUCA